UGUAGAUUUAUAGUGCGAUAAUGUUUUACUUAUCAAUUGUAAGAGUAAUUGAUAAAUUCAAAAACACUUAAAAAUGUAAACAAUAAACAUUCCUGAUUUUAUACAAAGCCUCAACAAAAAAUAAGUUGCGAAUUUCAACAACAAUUAAUUCAUCGCAUUAACAAGAAUGAAAAUUUCUGGUUUUAUUUCUGUUACACUUUGUUAGCUAUCCGUCGCUCGACGUGAAAUUCUCUCUCCUCUGCUGUGAGUGAAUUCUCUUGAAAUUGGUGUUUGUAGUGUUGUAAAACUAGUCAGAAGCCAUCAACUAAACAGUGUUGUUAUGCAAUGACUAUUGGAUCUAAUCUCUUUGGAUGUUCUGAAUCUUUGAGCGCCGUUGCUCGAGGCGCUAUGAAGGAAAAAAGCAAAAAUGCGGCGCGGUCCCGCAGGGAAAAGGAAAACGCCGAAUUCAUCGAGUUGGCCAAGCUGUUGCCGCUUCCUGCUGCCAUCACCUCGCAGUUGGAUAAGGCGUCGGUUAUUCGACUUACGACGUCCUAUUUGAAGAUGAGGCAAGUUUUCCCCGAUGGUCUCGGGGACGCGUGGGGGGCCACUCCCGUCGUCCCCAACCCCCGGGAAGCCCCCAUCAAGGAGCUGGGCUCCUAUCUCCUCCAAACUCUCGACGGUUUUAUCUUCGUAGUGGCCCCUGAUGGCAAAAUCAUGUACAUAUCAGAGACGGCGUCGGUGCAUUUGGGGCUGUCGCAGGUAGAACUCACGGGGAAUAGCAUUUAUGAGUAUAUCCAUCCUGCGGAUCAUGACGAGAUGACGGCGGUUUUGAGUCCGACGAUACCGCCGUUGGCCUCACAGCAGGAUUAUGAGAGCGAAAGGGCGUUUUUCCUGCGGAUGAAGUGCGUGCUGGCCAAGAGGAAUGCGGGGCUGACGAAUGGGGGCUACAAGGUGAUCCACUGUUCGGGCUACCUCAAAGUGAAGCAAUUCACCGCCUCCUCGUCGCCCUACGAAGGCUGCUACCAGAACAUGGGCCUCGUCGCCGUCGGCCACUCUCUACCUCCCAGUGCCAUCACCGAAAUCAAGCUGCACGCCAACAUGUUCAUGUUUCGGGCCAGUCUUGACUUGAAAUUGAUUUUUCUGGACGCUAGGGUGGCCCAACUGACGGGAUACGAGCCGCAGGAUUUGAUCGAAAAAACACUCUAUCACUACAUACAUGGGAGCGAUAUCAUGCCCAUGAGGUUCGCACACCACCAGUUGUUGUGCAAGGGCCAAGUGACAACAAAAUACUACCGAUUUUUGAGCAAAGGCGGCGGCUGGGUGUGGAUGCAAAGCUACGCCACCAUCGUCCACAACUCGCGUUCUUCCAGACCACACUGUAUAGUCUCAGUCAACUAUGUUUUAAGCGACCUUGAAGGCAAAGACCUGCUCCUGAACUCAGCGCAAGGCUCCCUCCGGGAGGAGGUCCCCACCUCCCCCAAGAGCUCCCCCAAGCCGCUCCCCAAGUACCCCCCAAGCCGCGCGACCCCGCAACAACCCCCAAUCAUCUCCCCCUCGAUCCCUGACGACGAUUUCAGCGACUCUGCAAUUACCUACCCCACCCCCGAGUACUCCAUGUUCCUCUCCCUCCCUCCCAGCGAAGAACCGUACUACUCCCCCCACCAGGAGCUGUUCUACCCCUACUCCGACCCCGAAAUCACCCAACACCACGUCAUCAACCAAUCACAGCGGCCGUUCAGUGCUUCGUCUUCGAGCUGUAGCUCGUCUGAGAGUGAGCUUCAUCUUCAGAAUCUCAGCUCGAAUCCGUAUUGCAAUGACAGUGGGUUACAUGGACAACAUUUCAAUCUUUCGUGUUUUAAUAAUAAUCAGCAACAGCAGCAGUAUCAGCUGAAUCAUGUUGGCAGCCCUGCGGGCUACACCAGUGUCAUUGUGGACACGCAGCAGUACCAACUUGCCAACGAAUACGUUCACUAGUGAGCUAUCUAUAUCAUCAUGUACUGUACAUUUUAUUUUUUGUGUAAGUUUUUGAUUUAUUUAUGGAACGUUUUGUAAAUAGAAGUGAGUCCCCGUGGUGUGCCAUACGAUGAAGAGUUUGUUUCGUGUAAUUAUCAUUUUGAGUACUUAUUAUUGUUUGGAUAGAUACGACAAUAAUUUAAGACUGUGAAUACCAUAUGCUGUAAAUAGUCUAUGUACAAUAACUACUUUACUAUUACGUAUUCCCAACCAAAUAUAUUAAUAAAAAUUGCUGUUAUUUUU